GCCACCUGGUUUGCAUCCAUAUUUCGUACGAAACAAUCUCAUUCGAACCUAAAACCCCCCCAACGACGCCGCUUUCUCCACACCACCUCACGUGCCUUUUCUCUCCUUACGCCUCCCCAAACACUCACCAUAAAGCGGCGCAAGUGCAAGCAACACGGCCCCGUUUUAAUCAUCGUGAAUUGCGGAUAUCAUUGCAAAAAAAUUUAGCAGUAAAAGUGAAGAGCAAACAAUGGAGCAUUCUGGUAAUUUACAGCUCAAGCUGGUUGAUGGUGACGCUGGUUAUGUCCUCGAAGAUGUUCCUCACCUCACUGAUUACAUUCCUGAUCUCCCUACUUAUCCCAACCCGUUGCGGUCAAAUCCAUCUUACUCGGUAGUUAAGCAGUAUUUUGUUGAUGUGGAUCAUACAGUUGCUCAAAAGAUUGUUGUUCACAAAGAUGAUCCAAGAGGGACACAUUUCCGGCGUGCCGGACCUCGCCAGAAGGUGUAUUUUGAAUCAGAUGAAGUACAUGCCUGUAUUGUAACAUGUGGUGGCCUUUGCCCCGGGCUCAACACUGUGAUCAGGGAAAUUGUCUGUGGCCUUUAUCACAUGUACGGUGUCAACAAAAUCCUCGGAAUAGAUGGAGGAUAUAGGGGUUUCUACUGCAAAAAUACCAUCGAUUUAACGCCUAAAGUUGUUAAUGACAUCCAUAAGCGUGGUGGUACCAUCAUUAAGACAUCACGAGGAGGCCAUGAUACCUCAAAGAUAGUUGACAGCAUUCAGGAUCGUGGAAUUAAUCAGGUGUACAUAAUUGGAGGAGAUGGAACUCAAAAGGGAGCAGCAGUCAUUUACGAGGAAAUUAGGCGCCGUGGCCUCAAAGUUGCAGUUGCUGGAAUCCCAAAAACUAUUGACAACGAUAUUCCAGUUAUUGAUAAAUCCUUUGGUUUUGAUACUGCUGUUGAGGAGGCCCAACGUGCCAUUGAUGCAGCACAUGUUGAAGCUGGAAGUAUAGAGAAUGGCAUUGGAGUUGUGAAGCUCAUGGGACGCUAUAGUGGUUUCAUUGCGAUGUAUGCUACACUUGGCAGCCGAGAUGUAGACUGUUGUUUGAUUCCAGAGUCACCCUUCUAUCUUGAGGGACGUGGAGGACUUUAUGAAUAUAUUGAAAAACGACUCAAAGAAAAUGGGCAUAUGGUUAUUGUUAUAGCAGAAGGAGCAGGACAGGAUCUUCUUUCAGAGAGCUUGCAGUCCAUGAACCAUCAAGAUGCUUCAGGAAACAAGCUUCUUCAAGAUGUUGGGCUAUGGAUAUCUCAGAAGAUCAAGCACCAUUUUGCCAGCCAACACAAGAUGGCCAUUAAUUUGAAAUAUAUAGAUCCUACAUACAUGAUCCGGGCUAUUCCAAGCAAUGCAUCCGACAAUGUCUACUGCACUCUCCUCGCACAUAGUGCAGUACAUGGAGCAAUGGCAGGGUAUACAGGCUUCACAGUUGGUCUUGUCAAUGGCAGACAUGCUUACAUUCCUUUCAACCGAAUCACAGAGAAGCAAAAAAAUGUUGUCAUUACUGACAGGAUGUGGGCAAGACUGCUUUCUUCUACCAACCAGCCAAGCUUCUUGAGCCACAAAGAACUCGCUGAAUUCAAGAAAGAGAAACAACAUCAACACCAGUUGUUGGAUGACGAAAAUUGCAAAGAUAACAAAUCUGAGCCAAAGACAUAGGUACAUGACAUUUGAGCUGUAUAAAUUACUGUUCUGCUCGUUGCAUUCUAUAAGCGUUAGUUGCCACUUGUAGCUGAAGCCUUGUGAUGGUGGAUCUA